UUGACAAUGACCCACAUUUCAUCAUACACCUGCCCAAGAGCCAAAGGAACAUCUGCUUCAAUAUCAACUCAGAGCCUGGAAAGAUCCUAAACUUGGUUUCUGAUCCUGGUACUGGAGUUGUGGUCAACGGGCAGCUCAUUGGGGCCAAGAAAACAGAGAAUAAGAAGCUCAACACAUACUUCGGCAAAAUCGGGUUUUAUUUCAAAAGCAAAGGUCUGAAAGUGGAGAUCACCACAGAAACGAUAACGUUGAAGGAUGGAUCUUACAGCAUUACGCUGACUUGGUCUGACACGGGGCACAUCAUUCGGAAACAGCUUCUCAUAUCGGUGAAGAAAGAAAGCAACGUUACUAUCACCGUGGGCGAGGAGAUGUCCUUCAUGGUUCUGCUGCACCGUGUGUGGAAAAAUCACCCAGUUAAUGUCGACUUCCUGGGAAUCUACAUUCCCCCCGAAAACCAGCUCUCUGCUGCAGCCCACGGGCUGAUAGGCCAGUUUGCAUCUGAACCAGAAGUGUAUAUCCACCACCAAAGACCUGGGCAAGUUCCAGAGAAACCACAAGCCACCAUGGAAGUGAAAGGCAACAAACUCACUGUUACCAGGGGGUUGCAGAAGGACUACAGGACGGACCGCGUGCUUGGGACCGACGUGCAGUGCUGGUUUGUGCACAACAGCGGGAAAGGUUUCAUAGACGGCCACUACAAGGAUUACCUCGUCCCCCACCUGUACAGCUUUCUGAAGAAACCCUGAAUGCUCCAACACAAAACCAGUUUGUUACAAAAAAAUUCUUAUCUGCUCCUUCAUGCCCAAACAACCCUUCUGAACAGCAGCUGCCAGCUUAUCAAGCCAGAUCAACUGAAGGCGACUUCAGCACCAUUUGCUUUAUAAAUGAUCAGUGUUUCAAAGCAAUGUAACUCCCUUUUCUGUUAAAAAAUGAAAUCUGUAAUAAAGUGACAUGCUGGGUUGUAGUAAGUAUCUUGCCCUUGCUGUGUC